AGCCGGCGCCGCCCGCGCUGCCACACGCACCCACUCCCGCACACGCCCGCGGGUGCCCGUGGCCUCUGCAGGGGAAGGAACUGAUCAAAAUCCAAGUGGAAGAUAAAUUCUGGAAUACGAAGAACCCUGUGUAUGCUGAAAGAAAUCACAGAAGGAUCGUUGAGAAGAAUCUAGAGUUCAAGUUCUGGUCACAUGGUGCAGGAGAUGAAUAUUUCUAACUCAGGCUGAGAAGGAAAUCCAUACAUUAAAAGAUAUUCAAGGUAGGAAAAUGACUCGCCCGGCACAGAAGCAGGAGUUAUGAGCCAUGUCUCUGUGAGACCUGCGGAAUUAAGAUCAAAUGCCUGGAGAAGUCCAGUUGCACAGAGCAGUGCCACAGCUCUUGUGAACUGUGGACAUCGACGCCUCUCAGACUUGCUUCUCUGGCCCCAAGCACUCUGCCUGCAUUUCCUGCUCCACGAAUGGCUACUCAGAGGAAGCACUUGGUGAAAGAUUUCAAUCCUCAUAUCACCUGCUAUAUCUGCAAAGGCUAUCUCAUCAAGCCAACAACAGUAACGGAGUGCCUCCAUACCUUUUGUAAGACUUGUAUUGUCCAACACUUUGAAGACAGCAAUGACUGUCCCAGGUGUGGCAACCAAGUGCAUGAGACCAAUCCACUAGAAAUGUUAAGGCUGGAUAACACCUUAGAGGAAAUUAUAUUUAAGUUGGUGCCUGGACUCCGAGAACAGGAACUGCAGCGAGAGAUCGAAUUUUGGAAGAAAAACAAACCUCAAGAAAAUGGACAAGAUGAAAGUCCAAAAGCUGAUAAACCCAAAGUAGAUGAGGAGUGUGAUGAAAAUGAGGAAGAUAAAGACUAUCACAGGAGUGACCCACAGAUUGCAAUCUGCCUUGACUGUUUGCGCAACAAUGGGCAGUCAGGAGAUAAUGUUGUCAAAGGGUUAAUGAAGAAAUUUAUCCGCUGUUCUACUCGAGUGACCGUGGGAACUAUCAAAAAGUUUCUCAGCUUAAAAUUAAAACUUCCAAGUUCCUAUGAGCUGGAUGUACUAUGCAACGGAGAAAUCAUGGGGAAGGAUCAUACUAUGGAAUUCAUCUAUAUGACAAGAUGGAGACUAAGAGGCGAAAACUUUCGGUGUCAGAACUGCUCAGCUUCGCAAGUCUGCUCACAGGAUGGCACUUUCUAUCAGUCUUACCCUAUGGUACUUCAGUAUCGACCUAGAAUUGACUUCGGUUAGACCAAAGGGCCAGAUCCCACUGAGAUGAAUCCUGCACUAUUUGUUUACCCAUCGACAGAUUGCACAAUGAAUGGAUGUGCCUGGAUUGGGGGGACACAGCCAGAAUUUCAGCAUGCAAAUAAGGACAUUGUCUUUCUUAAAAUUGUCAGUUGCAUCUCUGUUGUUUCUAUUAGAGCAAGCCAAGUGCCAUUCUGCUACUGAAAUGUGCAUAAGAUAUUUGUGUAUCUUAAGAGUGUGCUGCAAAUCAUAGCCAAAAUCAUGAACUGUACAGUCAAGACUCAAAACCUAUGGAAUAUUUCUGCUUGCGUGUUAGAAAAUUUUUCUGGUCCUAAUAUUGAUUACACUAGCAAAAUGGCAGAGUGCUCAUUCAUGUGGUGUUGCAGUUUCACACACUAUUUUACUGAAUAUUGUUGUUCAAAUCAUAGAGUACUGUAAAAAUAACUAAGGAUUAUACCUUGACAAUAUUUUGUAUAGAAAAUAUAUUUAGAAAAGUGGUGAUUGGGCCACUACCUUUCCCUUGAUAAGGUUCUCAUGGGUCCAGGUAUAGCUCACUCAUGAGUGUGCAACAGUCCUUUUGCAGUGAAUGAAGAUUAAUUACAUUGAACAAGAGAUGUAGAACAUGAUAAUUCAAAAUAAUAAUUUUAAGUCUUCUAAAUUGCUAAUAUUGCUUAAAAGCAUUGCAGCCUUUGUGAUUGCACUUUCUGAUGGUUUCCCUAAAGUUUGGAAUUUGGGAUACUAGCUAUUUUUGGAAAAACAGCUUCUGGUCAGAUUACAUUUCUUCUAAUAAAGCCUCCAUAAAAAUGAAGGUAAAGUAAUAUAAAUGUCUGUGGAACAACUAAAUUCCGCUACAAAAUUAUGACCAACCAAAAUUUUUCAUAAUGAUUAUUUUUCAUAAUAAACACUUCCUUUUAAGAUUGAAUAGAGGUCUAUAAUAUGCUAAGACAAAAAUAAUAUAUAGCUUUAAUUACAUACUGUAUCUCUUGUGACUAUCUGGAGUUUAGAAUUCAUUACAGAAAUUUUCAUUAGUUAAAGUCUCAUCAUAAAACUAUUUCUAUAAAAUUAGAGGUAAUGCAAUACUGAAGAUUAGCAGUCUGACCAAAAUAAUUGUUCAGGUCAUCUUUUUUUCCUAAGACCUGGUAGUGCUGGAUAAAAAGUGAUUGUUGCCUUAGGUGUUACAAGCGUAAUGGUUCUAGUAUGAGAUGUUUUUUGGGGUUUUUGGUAAUGUUGCAGGGAGCAUAGCAAUGUAAAUGUUUUCUGUCUUCCGUUGUCUUUGCUUAAAAGUCAGUUGAGUUUUUCUGAUCAGAUUCUCUGGAGAUACUUAUAGUUCAGUCACGUUAUGUAAUUUCUACUUAGUACAUGCCUGCUGUGUUGUAGAUAGCUAUUUACUUUUUUUAUGCCUUUUGCAUACAGCAAAAAGGAACCAAAUCAAUUUUUCACAAGCUACUGUAGAGUGAACUGGUCAUUCUUAGACAAAGUGAAAAUUCUUUCUUGGGAUCAAAUACAAAAGAUAGGUGUAAGGCUGUAAUUCCUUUGUAAGUUUAUGUUCAUGUACAGUAGUAUGUUCUGUAGAAGAAAUAAGCAUGUUGUGGAUUAAAUCUGGCCCCUUUAAUGUUGUUAGGAGUUCUAACACUGAUGACUUGAGGAGUCACAUGUAGUUGGGCUGAAUCCUACCCUUGCACCCCAAAGCCCAUAUGACGUGCAGAAAUCAAGAUGCUGUCUGUAGCAGUCUGUAAAGGAACCCUGCCAUUACAGCUCAAGGUUGCACAUGCCAGUGGAACUGGGGAAGGAAAAUGUCUAGGAAGAAGCUGCUGGCUGCAGGGAACAGGCAUCCCUUUACCCACCCAGUCUGUGAUGCCCUACUUGACAGAAAGAAGAUACUCCUUGUAGGGAGGGCCCUUCUCUGCAGGGUCUCUAGGGAAAAACAGAUUCUUUUUAUAUAUGGAAGUCCACCUCAUGGAGCAGCUUGGAAGAGCAGAGCAUGCUUUCGGGUUGAAAAAUCAUUCUUCUUUUAGUAUAUACAGUUGUUCUGUACAGUAGAAAUAGAAGAUUAUUUGUAAAUAUUUACAUGCACAUACAAAUUACACCUUACAGUUUUUAUAUAUUUCAUGUGAUUUUAUACUGGAAUUUUCACUGUAGAUUUGCUUGACAUAAAACACCUGUUUCAGUUAGUCACAAAACUAAUGCUAGGAUGCUUAAGCAUAAUUUCUGCUUGGUUCAGGGCACAAUUUUUUUUCUCAACAGUUGUGCUUGCUGUUUUGAAAAAAUUUGAACAGACUUGUUUUGAAAAGACAGGAACAUAUAAGUUUUAAUCCAUCUUCCUAACAGGACCCUUGGAAUAGCACCAUUUUGCCUUGGUUUCAGAAUGGCAACUGAUAGAAGCUUUCUUUGACUGUUUGAUAACUUCCUGUUUUCAUAAUUCAGAGAACCGUGAAUUUUCUCAAUCAGAGUUGCACAUUGGUUUUGAUUCCUGGUAUUUUCUUGAUGCAAGUUAAAGCUAUAUUACAGAAGGCAAAUCUUCAUUUUAAGCAUGGAAAAUACUGACAGAUCUGAAUCGAUGUUCCCAGCUGCGAAUGGUGGCAUUAAAUGCAUACGAACUAACCACCUACUCUUCAUGCAUUUCUGAUUUGAUGGCAUGGUGCCUGAGUGCUGCUAUAGUUUAAUAGCUUUUGUAAAAGUAAAGUGCCACUGAAAUACAUAUCUUAACUGGGCAGCUUGUGCAACACAGGCAUUGCCUUCUUUACAGGAAAUUUUCACUCAUAUAGUACAUAUGUGCCAUGUCUCUACAGAUAUGCAGAUUUAAUUCAUUUGUGCCAAUUAAGAGUGUCUGAGCACCGUAGGAAUAUGAGAAUGAGUGUGCAGAUUCCUGUGUGCCAAAGACAGAGUAAAGUAAAAUGAGUACCUAGGCAUUCCCUUCAGACUGCACCAUAUGCCAUGCUAGAGCAGAUGCCUGGAUAAAGUCACACUUUCUGAGCAUUUCCAUGACAAAGUGUCACCACUGCAUCCUUGUGAAGCAUAGGAAUAUAAAAUAAGUGUUGCUGCCACUGUGUUUCUAUGCCUUUCCCAUAUUAGCAGUGUAUAACUGCAGAGGGACCUAAAAAAAUUCUGCACUACUACCUAACCUUGCUGUCCCUUGUUUAGCACAUAUGGUGCUGCUUGGGUUUUUUCCUCUAGAAGUGAAAAACUCAUUAAUGAAAAACAUAAACAACUUUUGGUUGAGCAUAGCUGGUUGCUGCAUUUAUCUAGUAACGAGCCGUAAGCUAGAAUUUAGAAACAAGAUCCUGUAAUAUCUCAAACAGUAUGGAAUGAGAUGAUUAAUCAAGAAAUGCAUCUUCCAUGAUGCAUUACCAAACUCCUGGUAGCUAAGGGCCUAGUCCUAUGAAGGAUUUUUUUAAGGAAAUACCAAAUAAGAUUGCUACAAUAACUGAAGUGACUCAUCACUAUAGUAGGUAUUGUUCACAUGAAAGCUUUGGGGAUUUGGCUCCUAGGAGUAUGCAGUGCAAGAAUUGUAUUGUGCAUACUCAGCUAGCUUUGAGUUAUGCAAAAAAAAAAAAAAAUUAUAGAAGUAUUAUCUUGACUUUACUGAAAAUGUUGUACAAAGUGAAGUGCCUGAUUACUAAUACAGAAUACCUUUUAAAUCCAUUGUUUUCAUUUGACAGGGUAAUAGUUGCUUCUGAAUUUUAACUAUGGUCUUAAUAUUUUCAGCAAGAAUAUAUCAUAAACAUACUGUAUUGAGAAGCUUUCAUGGAAAAAAAAGAUAAAAAAGUGUGUUCUUUUAGAUAAUUUAAAACUGCCAUAUCUCAGCAGAAAUUAUAUUAAAAUAAGUACUUUUAUGUUGAAAAUAUUCCAUUUUCUGCAUGAGGAACCCUUUAAUUCUGGAUCGUGGUCUUUUUUUUCUCCAUAGGUUUCAGCAAUUUGACUUGACACUUCUGUUCUUAUCAAGGUCACUAGACUAGAUAGCCUAAACCAAACAAUUCUAGUGUAUCUGCAGGAGAAAAGAGAUUGAUCCCAUUCUGUUUAGAUAUAAGCUAGGGUCUUACUGCAGACAAAAUAAUGGUCCAGAGUUUCAUCUCAUUUUUCCCAUGGAUACCUGUUCUACAUGACUUUGUGAGAGAAGUAAACAAUUUUUCCUUCUCUGCUGUUUAGAAAAAUAGCUGCAGCUGGACCAAUCACUGAGUUUUAUUGUUUGUGGGGGUUUACAUUUUCAUAGAACUGAAGAUAAGAGGUACUUAUUCUCUCCCCAGAAAAAAAACAUUCUUGAGAGGACUUCCAAGGAAAGGCAUAGCAUCCAGCUCAGCCAGAUUCCAUGUCUGGUAGAAAUAUUAGAGAACAAGCAGCUGUUCAAAACCUGUCUUAAGUCUCAAAAUAAAUAGGUUGAGCCUUAUCUAUAGAGGGACUACAUAAAAUACUGGUUAAUAACAUUCAUUGAUCAAAAUAAUUUUUGUCCUGGAAAAGUGAAAAGGCAAUUAAGACUUACAUCUUUAUCCAAGAGUUUAGUCCAGUUUCUUCACUUAAUCUGGCAGAUUGAAGGCAUCUCUUUGCUUCCUGCAAAAAUGCGUGUGUCAUGCUGCGUAUUCCCCUCCCAGUUUACUUCAUGCUUUGUUGACUUAUUCUUUUUCUCAGUUAAAAUGUCUAAACUAAGGCACCCUUUCUGUUGUAAUUAGUUCUAGGUUCUAACACAUCUUUUGGCCAUUCCCAUGCCCCACCCAGUUUCCUACCCAAAAGUCAAAACAUGAAGGACUUAUAAAGGUGAUGUUGGGCAUGGGGUGUCAGCUCCCAGGUAUCAUUUAUCAGGCAGCUCUCAUGGCUUUCAGCAGUUCUCACAGUUCUGCAUUUUCAAUCCUUCAUAGCCAGUUUGAGCAAGGUCAUGCUUCCACAAGGGUUUCAGCUAAAAACACUUGUUUUGAGGAGGGAUUGUAGUCUACUGGAGUGUGUUCCAGGAUGAGUUCCAAGACAUGAGGGGGUUGAUUCACCUAAAGGAAAUGUGAAAACUUCCAACUGCACAUUCACCUCUAAUUCUGUCGCAUAGGGGUUGUCUGACCUUCAGACCUCAGCUGAAACAUCUCUUGCAGGAAUAUCCUCCAAAAGAUGAUCUUGCAAUGUUUCAAUAUUUUUCUUCAUAAACAGAGCUACCUAUUGAUUUUCUUUACCUUCUGUCUACACUGUCUGUAGGUCAGAUUAAAACCUUAGGUUCCAGAAUAGGAAAUUAAUUAAUUAACUAAUUUCCAACAGAUUUCUGUGUGCCAUUGACAGCCAUAAAUCUUUUGCAUUCAGGUGGCUCUCCACAGCUAAGUAAGGAUGUUGUUUCAUUCUCUAGUAAGCAGUUUAGGUCUCUGUGCUCCUGGAGUGUGGCAGUAAAGCAGAGGAGCUCUGUACAUGGAUAGAAGUGUCCAGGCUAUCUUUUGUAUUUUCAGAAAGAGACAAAGUUCUGUAAGCUCAGGAUGGAAGAGGAAUUCUGGAAUGAAAGAUGUCUGUAAGCGGUAGUUUUUGCUAUUACAUUAAUUUUAACCAAAGAUAGGCAUUGGUUUGACUUCGCUUGUUUUUCUGAACCAUUAGAUACUUUUCUUUGAAACAACUUUUAUGUGUAUUGCUAGGAAAUGCUUCUAACAUGGUUGGCAGUUAACAGGAUGAGGUGAACAGAAGUAGAACUGUGCAUUUUCCUUCUUCCUCAUGACAGCCAGUGUAAAGCAGAAAGGUGAGAGAAGGUUACUAUCCAAUAUACAAAAUGGCUGCACAGUAAAAUGGUUUUGCUGCUAGUUAACAUACUGAGGGUUUUAUUACAAAUGAAGUUGUAAUGAAGAUGUUUAUUGUCUAAGUGCAAGGCACAUAUUUUAUAAUGGUAUUCUACUCUUAAAAUUCAGUUUUGUAUUAUAUUGAGUAUGGUAGAUAUUGUUUCUGCUGUCUCCUGAAUUUUGAUGUGCUAAAAUGAAACAUGCUCCAUUUUUACUGAAAAAAUAUCACAUACUUAUUGAUUUAAAAUUAGUCUUUGUGGUCAGAUAUUUAGUUUGUUCUUAAAAACUAGGGUUUUUUAAAAAUAAACUAUUUUUAUGGAUAAUCUGAUUGCCUAAUAGUUUUAAGGGACCUAAUUAAUACCAAAGGUAACGCCACCCAGAAAUGGACUUGGAAUAUGACAUUGACACUUUCCUGGAGUGCCUGAAUGGUCAAGAGGUACCUGGAGUCCAUCAAGCAGAACUGGACCAGUGGUAGUUGUCUGUGUCACCAAGCUGAAGGGUUAGGCACACCUAGCAGUUUCCAAAACAAAUUAGAAAAGAAAAGAAACAACAGGAAUAGCGUUGAGGUUGAGUCAACAGACAGAGAGUAGCUCAUGUUCCUGAAGAAAAGCACAAAGGCUUGCAUUUACUGAUGUGUCUGCUAUACCUGGCCUGUGAACUAACAAAAAACUCAGUGUGCUGUCAAUCCUGUAAACCUUCCAAAGCACAAAAUAGUCACCAAGCUACUUUUGGGGUUUCUAGUCGUAGUUCAGUGAUAUUUUGGAGGGUGGAAAGGACAGAUUUGGAGGAUAAUGAGAAGAUAUUAAGUAUGUUUUACAGAUUUUUAUAGCUAUUUUUUUAGCAAAUGGCAUUGCUGUCCUUGAUGUGAGACCAUUGAUUAGUAAGAAGUGAUUAUUUUACUUGUGCAGUAUGAAACAGAGAGAAUAAAAAAAUCCAAAUUAUCUUGAUUUCCUUUUCCAGGAUAGUGGUUAACUAAACUGGACAGUAAUAGGUCAAUAUAAUUAUUUAGCUGGCUGAAAGAUUUCAUUCUAAAUACUUACUGAUCGUAUUUUUUUUUUUCUCAAAUAGAACCUUCUUAGUAUAAGCAUGAAGCAAUGCAUCAUUUUUUCCCUUAUUGCAGACUUAACUAUUGAAAGGAAAGUAUUUUGCAUUUUUUUAAAUUAAUGCAAAGCCUGAAUUGUUGGAUGUUCCAGGCUACUGAAUAGAUGAUAUAGAGUUACUCUCAAUGGAUUUUUUGGGGGUGGGGGCCUAAGUGUCCUUAUAUAAGCUGUGAUCCAAGUUAAAAGAAAGGAGCCUAUGGUGAGCAGUAAUAAUGUUCUAAUGCUUCCUUGCAUUUGAUCAGUAGUUACCAGUUUUUAAUAAAGCAGCCCUCACAGUACUUAGGAGCUCAUAGAACAUAUUGUGAUCUUAAGUUGCUAAUUUGUUUUAAAAUAUAAAAUGUUUUAAGCUUUUUGUCAAAAGUGAUAACAUCCUAUUACAAAUAAACCUUUUUGUGGUUGUAAAAUUUAGCUUAUAAAUCAUUCAAAUUGAAGUGAAAAAAACACAGGUCAUUGUUAAUGACAGUCUAUCCUACUAUUAAGAAUAUAUGUAUUUUUGUAAAGAAAAAGCACUUGUAGAUAUUUAAUCAGUCCAAUAUCUAUCUAUGUUAAUGUUUUGGAAAAAAAAAAAAAAGAAAACAAAAUGCUGCUUAGAGAAUCACUUACAUAUUUUUAUUUUUUGUGCUCAAAUGCAUUUUCUGUUGAUUUAUGGAAUGUUUAUUCUGUGUGAAGCUGUAUAGUUAGUACAGCUGGGCUAAAUGCAUUUCUCACCCUAAUUGUAUCUGACUAUGAUAAUAUAUUUUGUGUCCAAUCAGAAAGCAAUUGCAAAACACAGGCUUGUGGUGCUGUUUUUCAUCUUUGAUAUUAGCUUCAUCCUGCCUUAUAACUUUUCUACUUCAUAGUAAGUAUAAAAAAUGCUAACCAUUUUUUGUGAUGCAUGUGUUUCAGUGGACAUUUCAGGGUACAUCUGGUUGUUUAGUUGAAUCUUACUGUGCUUACUAACACUUCUAUAAGAUGGCAGAAUUUUACAUACAGUAUUUAAUAAACAGUCCCCUGGAUGAAAGAAAAAGUAUGCAAUAUUAGUCAAGUUUAAUACCUUCCUUCAAAGGAAGCUACUGCUGGGUACAUGUGUGGAAAGUGAGUGCAUCACUAAAGAUUCUGAAAAUUUGUACAAAUACUAUUUUUUAAAUUCAGAAUAACUCACUUCUUAUAAUAUUUUGUAGUGAUUUGAAACCUCACUUUCAACUGUAUUUUUAUUCAUCAUAAUGCAUUAACACAGUUUCAGGGAAGAAUAAAUACAGUAAAGAAUUUUAUUAAAGUACAGUAAAGAGUGGCAACCAUAUUUGUUUGUGUACAUAUUAGUAUACAAUCCAAAAAUCUCUUUACUUAUUUUUGUGGGAAUCAACAGAGUUCUUCAGCUUGACCUCAUUGGAGUGACUUUCUAUAAUUAUCCUUGUAGCUGAGACUUGAAAUGAGCCAGACUUCCCACUUCCUCACUUAAUUUCCUUUCAUGGGUGACUAAUAUUGUUUAAAUUUACUCUUAUUAUAUUAACCUUCUCAUAAGUAAGUUUUGCAAUAAUGAGUGUGUACACUAGCAGUAGAAUUCAUUGGUAGGAACUCAACUGAAUAAAUACUUGUGUUCUUGACAAACUGGGGGAGAAUUUGACUCAGAUUAUAAACACUUGAAAUGGCAUUCUUUCAUUUAUGUUCAUGCUUCACAAAGAUCUGCAGUUGAUCAGGAUUUGAUGUGUUUCAUUACAUGAACAUUGUCCAUUUUUAUAAUUUUUGUUAAGAGAUGAUUUCUGUAGUAAUUCAUUAGGGUCAACAUCUCAGGGUCCACAAAGUAGCAGUUUAAAAUCCAAUUGACCUGAGUGCAAUACUAGUACUGCAGGCUUGUAUCUUUUGAAGAACCAAAUAUGUUGUGUUUUGAAGUACUUAAAAAGCACUGUAAAUUUCACCCAGUUCUACCAAAGGAAUUUGAGGAGUUUUUUUAAUGUCAAAUCUGAGUGUGGCCCUAGAAAAAAUGAGACACUUAUAACUCAGUCAGCACUGGUGAUCAGUUUUCCAUUUAGGGAUGGGAAGUGCUGGUACUUGGGGGCUUUUUGGCAAAACCCCUUGUUCAUGCCUCUUGAUGUAGAGUGAAGCCUGUUCAAAUCUGCAUCAACAUUUGUAAACAAGAUUUAUUUUGAAACAGUGGCUCAUGCAAAGUCUGUGAAUGAGCCUCUAGAAUCUUGUGUAUAAAUGUAUCAGGUAUGUGAUGAUAUUUCUAAUAGUGAGCUACCUGUAUGGCUCAGUACUAGUCAUGUUAAACUGCAUGUUUCAUGCUAAUGUCAAGAAGGUUUACAGCACCUUUAUAGUGGUUGAUAACAAAUGACAAUUUGGCCUGACCUGUAUGCUGCAAGAUGCUUCUAGCCCAGUUGGAUUAAUUUUAUGAAAAAUCUAGAUGAGCAAGAAGUAUAACUAACCUGCUUACUGGCACUGAAUUGCUCCUUUCUCAAAGCAAUAAAUAUAUUCAUGUUGUAACAUCUGUUGUGCAGCCUACAAUACGAGUUGUUUUGUUGCAUUGUUUCUAUAUAAUUUAUUUUGUGCAAUAAAAAAAUCUCUGGUUUUAUCUGA